AUGGAACUUGCAAUGAAGUUAGUUCACUCCUUUUCACGGAAAGCGUAUACGCGUUUUGUGAAAGAUAUCUCAACAGCUAAAAAUAUCAAAAAUUACAAAACAAAAAAACUGUUUGAGAGACAAAAGCUUAAUCAUGUGACUGGCAAAAUUAAUUAUCAAACGAAAAUAUGUUACAAUCCAAAAACUAAAAAAGAAUAUGAAUCUCCCAGUAAUUUUUGCGUUUAUGGGGUAAAAUACAAAGCUACUGGCGAUAGCUAUAAAGUUUUUGAUACCUUAUUAAUAAAUGACCAAAGAAAUAAGUUAUCUGAUGAAACACUUACUCUCGAUCAUGCAUCACAACCAUUAUGUGAUGCCCUUAGCACUGCCACAGAGAAGAUACUUUAUUAUGGUGCAUGGAUGCAAGAGACUCAAAAAACUUAUAUAGAUGUGUUCUUGGCUUGCUGUCAAGAAUGCCCACAUUUGGAUUAUGACGAAUGGAUACUUUUGCUUAAAAAAGAAAUGAUUGCGUUGUCACCUUAUGGUCUUUUCCGUCAAAAUAAAUUGGUAUUUCACAAAGAUGAUAUUUUCAUGUUCGAAACUCACUAUGUAGUAGCUAACAGGACUCAAGAGAAAUUACCUGCUUGUGAAUCAUCAGCGUAUCAAUUGGUCCCUGUUAAAUUUGGCAAUCGCGUUGGAUAUGCAUAUGCUUCUGAUCGACUAGACUACGAAACCAUAUAUUCACGUGCGAACGCGCCUCCACGUAUAGUGAAAACAAGUGAAAUUGGAUGUUAUUCAGCAGACGUUGCUAACAAGCAAAAUUUUGUUUGCAAAAAUAUGUAUUCUUCUGAGCCCUAUAGCGAUUGCUAUAUACAAAUAAAUGAUUCUAGAAGAUAUAGUUAUAUGUGUUGUUGUUAUGGCAGUAAAAUUGCUGAAUGCCAAGAUCAAAUUGAUCAGGCGAUGGUGAUCGGUCCACCAGUGGAUGUCAUAUUAGAUGAGAUGAGAGUUUGUGCUGUUGAACUGGAAGAGAGAAAUAAUUUUUUCGGUGAACUCUCAAAAUCUAAAAUAAUCUAUGGCGGAACUGUAGACGUUCUAUUGCAGUCCGUACAGUACUAUCAUCAUGAACUACCAAGCCAACUCUCUAAUAUAAAUUUUGUGAACUGCAUUGGAUAUUUGGCUAUAGAACAGAUAAGUAAAAUCGAUGUAGCGAAAAUGAAUGAACUGUAUCAAGAUAAUGUGGAGUACAUUAGAAAAGUUGUGGGAGGAGAACGAAAUAAUCGAUUUUCGGAUCCGAAAUCAUUUGAGGUGGACUAUAACAUACCAGCAGCUGAUCUGAAUAAGCAAUUAAACGAAGCUAUCAAUAAUGCGUACAGUUUCCAUUGUUCACAUUCGUAUAAUUGGGAUAUCCGAACCAAUGAUCUUCUGCGAUUUCGCUGCUUACAGCUUUUACGUACGCUUGUCCGAUUUCGAAAAACACACACGCACCUUUUUCAGCGUUGGAUGCACAGUGUCCAUUUACACUACCACUCGAUGGUUUCUCAGGGAAUCACAUCAAAUGUUGUUGUGGGCAUCGGUCCUUCUGCAACUAUAACGUGUGCACUCAUUUUGAAUUUUAUCUCAUCAUAUACAUUACUUCGUGCAUCUCUUGAAGCGAAUGGAGGAAAUUCUUUAUGCGGUCGUAAUAAUCUGUAUCACUAUGUUAUACAUGGAUAUUUCGAUUCAGAUGAAUUUGAAUCAAAUCAAAGCUGUCUAGUACAUUACGCAUCAAAAGACGUUCUCAACGAUAUGGAUAUAGAAACUACUGAAAGCGGUCGUAUCCUAUUUUUUUUACCAGGCUCUGCUAUUCAACCAAUUGACUUUACUUAUGCCUUACUGCCACCUAACCAAUGUACUUACGUUGAUGUCGAUUUGAACAGCGAGUAUAUCAAAAGUCGUUUCUGCCUCAAUUACUCUGUUUUGCAUAACUUUGAAACGAAAUAUUUGCCAAUGAGAUUGUAUUUGUGCAAGUGUAAAUCAAGUGAAACUAAACCGAAAUGUGAUGUGGAUUUGGAAAAGCAAAUAGAAAAAAGAUUUCAAGCAGAAUACUUUCAACAUUUCACAUUAGACGCAUCAGACAGUUCGAGUAAAUUUGUAUUUUAUUUACUGUCUCAUCAAAUAAAAAUGAAACCACAAAUACGUAAACAUUUCAGCAAUAUUCUAGAAAAAAAAUACCAUUGUGCUAAAUACAGCCAUGCCCGUACUCUCACUGUUACUGAAAAACCAGAAAUAGCAGUGAAUGAAAUCUCAAUAUUUUGUGCUACAGUCGUAGAAGUGAAAUACGCUGGAGAUAUAUGUUUAUUUGAUUUGAAACUUUUGCUUCAGACAAGACCCCAAUAUGUCUUUAGUGGAACAAUGGCUUUCAGAAGUUUUAUUAAUUAUUUGAAAAUUGACCUUUCUAUAAUACCGCAUACAACACGAACAUUGUCACAUGAAGCCAUAAGUUCAUGUUUUCCCGCCCUAAAAAGUGAAAUGCAUGUAUGUUUCUGUCGCAAUGAGAAACCCGAGAGUCCUUGUAACUUGAGUGCUUUCGAGAGAAUUCGAACCCUCCACUCGGCUCUCUUCACUUGGAAUAAUUUAAGAAUGAUAGAAUUCUUUCCAAAUGAUCUAUUACCAUACGUAACUUUGAAAGAACCAAGAUGGUGUCAGUCUAAAGGAUUAUAUAGUACUAUUGCUGUUUAUGGCGAAAAACAAGAAAUUAUAUCAGGGAGCACAUGUAUGUUCUCAACGUUGGAUUUCGUUGAUGAAGAUUAUGGAAUAUUCUGCAAAGAGAUGCUGUUUUUUGAGGAAUGUGGCAUAGUGAUGGAUCAGCAUCAUCAAGAAGAAGCAAAACUCAUCUGCUGUUGCGUCUAUAAUUGUGACACAAUUGGCGUAUUGUUGCACACAUUCCGUAAUCAUAUGGAAAAUUGGCUGAGAAGAUUGUAG